UGAAUUCAUUUCUCUCCUUUUCUCUGUCUCUCUGAAUCUAAUAGAUUAUUUUCUCCACAUAGAUCAAAGCUUUUCAUGGCCGUUCGUAUAUUGACCGUCUGGCUUUUCAUAGUCUUCGCCAUCAUCGUCGUGGUCUCGCCGUUGCCAGUUUCUUCAAGAAAGCUGUUGGAGAUGAAGAAACAAGAGAACUUGACCGUGAGAGAGGAAGAGAAGAAUCACAUGCCUCACGUGACCAAAACCACAACCCUAACUGCUCUGCCAAAGGGAAAAAUCCAAAACUCGACGCCGAGCAAAAAGGGUUACGCCGUCAUCUCCAACGUAAAGCACCGAUCUCGACAUCUCUCCACCGUUUACCGGCUUCUUCAGUCCGUUCCCAGUCCCGGCGUUGGCCAUUGAUAGUCUCCGUUAGACUCCUACUUCAUUUUUGUUUUAAUUUUUUUUUUGGUCAAGUUAGUACAUUCUUUAAUAUACCAUGGUAGUAUUACUACUCGUGUGCUUUACCCUUGGGUAGUCUAAGGAAACCACUGACCAGUAAUAUACGGUUAUGGCACAUGUGUUCUGGGAUUUGAAAAAUAAG